AUGUUCGGACUGCUAUCAGUUGAUCCAUCAGCAACAUCUAAUAGUCCAACUAAAGCAUUGACCAACGAAGAAGCUCGUAAAGCACACAGAGAUACGAAAGCCGAUAUCAUUGAAGGAAUCCAGGAACUUAUUGAAGAAAUUAGUAAUAUCGACGACUCGAUUGCCGGCAUGAGUGUAGACAUGAUCCACGAGAACGAAGUGCUGCUAACCGCCAGUCCCAAUUCUAAAACUGUACUGGAAUUUCUCCUUCGAGCCAGCCAGAAACGUACAUUCACAGUUCUAGUGACAGAAGGAUUUCCAAACGAAGUGACCGCUUCACACGAGUUCGCGCUGACGCUGUCAAAAGCCGGUAUUCACACCGUCAUCAUCCCCGACACUGCUACUUCUGCUGUCAUGAGCCGAGUUGGUAAAGUAAUCAUCGGCACACGAGCAGUGCUUGCCAACGGUGGCUGUGUUUCAUCUUCUGGCGUGGCUCUUGUAUGUGAAGCUGCUAAAGACUACCGAGUGCCAGUUCUGGCCGUCACCGGACUAUACAAAUUAUCACCAUUGUAUCCUUUUGACAUUGACCAGCUGAUUGAAGUGGGCGAUACCGGUAAAGUCAUCGGGUUCAACGACACAGGGCUCAUGGAUAAAAUCGGCGUCAUGAACCCCGUGUACGACUACGUGGCCCCCGAACACAUCGACAUCUACGUGACCAACAUCGGCGGGUUCUCGCCCAGUUUCACCUACCGAAUCAUCCUCGACCACUACAGCAACCAGGAUGUGUCUCUAUAG